UGUUGUAUUUUACUUAAUCGUUUACCCGAAGUAGCACGUGUUUCAAGAUACUAAAAUAAAAGAUGGGAGACUCAGACGAUGAAUAUGACAGAAAAAGGCGUGAUAAGUUCAGAGGUGAAAGAACUGAAUCAUAUUCUCGUGAAGGGCGUAGGGAUGACCGAAGAAGAGAUGAUUGGGUUGAUAGGGAAUGGUCAAGUCGUCCUAGACAAAGACCUGAUUACCGUGAAUACCGUGGUGGUGGUGGUGGAGGUGGUGGUGGUAGUGGAGGUGGUGGACGUGAUCGAUACAGUCCACCACGUUCUCAAGAUAUGACACCACCUAUAAAAAGAAUGCGAGCUGAUUGGGAUGAUAGACCGAGAUAUGCUCACGAUUAUUAUGGAGGUGGUGGAAGUGCUAGCGGCGGUGGAAGUGCAUGGGGUCCAGAUCAUUAUGCACCUGCUCACCAUGGUAACCAUCACUAUGGGAACCAUAGUAACACUGGCGGUCGUGAAGUGGCUGGAAAUUUCAGCAAUUCAAAUGUUGAAACUCAACCACAUAUGAUGUCAUUCAAAUCAUUUCUUGGAACACAAGAAGACACUAUUACUGACGAAGAGGCUAUUAAACGCUAUAAUGAGUACAAACUGGAAUUCCGAAGGCAGCAGCUCAAUGAAUUCUUUGUAGCGCACAAAGAUGAAGAAUGGUUCAAAAUAAAAUAUCAUCCGGAAGAAUCAUUGAAGAGAAAAGAGGAACAACUUGCAGCCCUUAAGAAACGUGUUGAAGUAUUUAUAGAUAUGCUUGAAAAUGGAGAAGUAGAUAAUGUUUCCGUAGAUGCUGAACAAUCAGAUCCACUGUUACGACUUUUAGAUGCAGUUGUAAUUAAAUUGGAAGGUGGUACGGAAGAAGAUUUACAAAUUUUAGAUGUCAAACCAUCGAACAUCAUGAUUCCUAAGGAUACUGGAAUGAAAGAUAAAAUUGAUAAUAAAAUUAAAUCUACAAGCGAACAACAACAAAAGCAACAAUCUGAAAAAAGUGAAAAUGUUAAAAACGAGGAGUCGGUGGCAGAGGAAAAAUCGAGUAAUAAAAAUGGAGAGAAUGUUGAUAUGGAAGUUAAAGAUGCUGAAGACAAUGACAAUGCUGUUAACGAACCAGAAAAGAUGGACGAAGUUUCGGAUGAGACUAAAAUUAAAGAAGAAAAUUCUAAAUCUGAAGAAACGAAUGAUAAAUUAGAAGAGACUACUAAUACAAGAAAAAGAAAACGAACCAAUAGCAACAGUAGUAGCAGUAGCAGUAGUAGCAGUAGUUCAUCUGAAAGUGGGACCAAUAAAAUGAAUACUCUUAAAGCUGAUAAAACAUCUGCAAAUGAAAAGAUGGAAGAAACUAAUGACAAUGAUAACGACAAUGAGAAUGAAAAUGACAAUAAUGAAGAUAUAGCUGUAAAAGAAGAAAAGGAAGAAACAAAAUUGGACCAAGUAGAUUCAACGGAAGUUAAAAAGCCUACAAUUGAACCGGAAACUGUUAUUGAUCUAGCAAGUGAAGAUAAAGAAAAGGAACCAAGAGCUCUUCAUAAAACGAGUAGCAUAUUUUUAAGAAACUUAGCACCGACUAUUACAAAAGCUGAAGUUGAAGCGAUGUGUAAACGUUUUCCUGGUUUUCUACGAGUUGCAAUAGCUGAUCCACAACCAGAGAGAAGAUGGUUUCGACGUGGUUGGGUUUCAUUUGAAAGACAAGUUAAUAUUAAAGAAAUUUGUUGGAGUUUGAACAAUAUACGAUUGAGAGAUUGUGAAUUAGGUGCAAUUGUCAACAGAGAUUUGUCACGUCGUAUUCGUACAGUUAAUGGAUUAACAUCCCAUAAACAAAUAGUCCGACACGAUAUUAAACUUAGCGCUAAAAUUGUUCAUAAUUUAGACAAUCGAGUUGGAUUGUGGAAAGAUGAUAAGAAAGAAGACAAUUCUAACAAACAAAAUGACGAUAAUAAAGAAAAUACUACGACAACAACMACCACCACCACGUCACAGAGUGAAGUUGAACAAGCUGCUUUUGGAUUGUCAUCGAAAAAUCCAGUAUUGAAAAACAUAACAGAUUAUUUGAUAGAAGAAGCAUCUGCAGAAGAAGAAGAAUUGUUAGGCAUGUCAGGUGAUCAAGAAGAAGGUCAAUUGGGAGGAGACGGUGAUGGUCCAAUAGAAAGAGAUCCAUCUUUGAUUAAAGUAUUGGAUAGAUUAAUAUUGUAUUUACGUGUAGUACAUUCAGUUGAUUACUACAAUCAUUGUGAAUAUCCAAAUGAAGAUGAAAUGCCUAACAGGUGUGGAAUAAUGCACGUUAGGGGUUCUCCACCUACUGCUAAAAUUACUAGUACGGAAUUACAAGAAUAUUGUCGCAAUUUUGAAAGUAAAAUGUCUGCUUUUCUACAACCUGCUGCUUCCCUGUCAACAGAAGAAUUUGAUAAGCUCGGUGCUAAAAAUGCUGAUGCUGAGGUAGAAAAGUUUGUUCAAGCUAAUACGCAAGAAUUGGCAAAAGACAAAUGGUUGUGUCCUUUAAGUGGGAAGAAAUUUAAAGGUCCUGAUUUUAUUCGCAAACACAUAUUCAACAAACAUGCAGAGAAAGUUAACGAGGUUAUGACUGAGGCUGAAUAUUUUAAUAAUUAUUUGAAAGAUCCUAAACGACCACAACUUCCGGAACAUCCUGGUAAUAAAGCAACACCUAGAGAAGGACCACGUGAAGGAUUUAACCCAUAUGGUUGUAGCACAUUUGGAAGUUAUGGUGCUGGUUAUGGAGGAGGAAGAGGAGGUUAUGGAUCCAGUUAUGGUGGUGGAUUUGGCGGAGGAUUUGGUGCACCUCGUCCUGGUCGUGGUGGUUUUAACAGAGGACGUGGCGGUGGUGGAGAUUUCCGACCUGUCAUACAUUAUCGUGACCUUGACGCACCACGUGAACCAGACGAGUUUUUAUAAAAAUAUUUUUAAACUUUUUUUUUUCUCUCAUCAAUGGGAACUACGACCAACAUCCUAAAAGAAAAC